CACCAAAAGAGCUUGCAAAAUAGGUCACCACUUGACCUAUUUAUGUCAAGUAUUUAUGUGCACCUUGGAAGUCGUUGCAAGUUAGUUUAUCAAUAUAGUUACGAUCGCUGACUUGAUUUUAUUUUCAACCUCAUCGAUUAAAUUAUAGAACAAUAGCAUUGUCUACUAAAAUUACAUAAAUGGCCAAUUCUCAAACCAUUAAAAACUCAUCUCCUCUCCCUCCCAGUCCUGGUAAUGUAAAUUCAGUAUUUUUUACCGGAGGAGAUUCGGCACUUGGUAAGACGGAUAAAUUGCUGCCAGUUCAGCGAUCAAACGGUAUGCAAAGUAGAAAUCGUAGCCCCAGCCCAAACAAGAAUAAACCCAACAUUUCAAUUACCAUUGAUCAUGCUGAGGAUUCUACUGAACAAUUUGGAAUUAAUGGACUAAGUCCAAGCCCAAAUGUUGACAAAAGUCGUGGUGAUAACUACAACGGAAAUUCAAAAGGAGGAAACCGUAAAAGUCGGAAAGACAGUCACGUUUUGUCUCGAGAUCCCAUAUACGAAAGAAAAUACAUUGUAAGAUCAUUUGAGUAUGACAGAGAACUCAUAUCGAGACAACAAGUGAUGAUUGCUUUUCAACCCAUGACUGGUAUCGAGGAGAUUGAUUAUAAACGAGACAUGUUGAGGAUAAAGGUGGAAAAUCGGAAAAGAGCUGAAGCGCUGUCAACUUCGAGGUCAAGAGCGACAACCAGUUUGGACACAUUUACGGCAUCAAGUAAGUCACAACCAGGGAGUCGCAGUCCAUCUCCAGCGGCAGGAAGAGCAAUUUUAUCCGUGGACAAUACGAGUGAGUAUCAAAUCAGUAAGAAGUUGGCAGAUUCAACUUCUCAAGCGAUUAAAGUGACCAAAAAGGUUUCCAGCAUUAAUAAGAAGUUGACUCCCAAAAUCAAUGCAAAGAUUCCCAAAAAGUAAUUCGGAUCGUAUAUAUUUUGUAAAAUAUUUUAUUCUUGGAAAUUUUGUUGCAUACUACGCAUAUUUAUAAAUAUCAUAAUGCAAUUGCUUUUUUGAAUACAUACGUAGUACAGAAACGUAAAAAUAUGUUCGUUUAGAAUCAGUAAAUAUAUAUUACAAAUAUGAGUAAAAAAUACUGGCAAUCAAUGUAACAUCAUAAAUAAUUAAUAAAUACCUAUCAAAUCACAGCACAUGACAAGCA